AUGGCUCCGCCGAUAAAAUACGGCCGAUCUAGUUCCAAUUCCAACCACUCCAACCUUUCCAACAACGGAAGCAAACACCCUGCAGGUUUUCAAUCUGCUUUCGAACCCGUCUCUCAAAUCGCUGCAGCGCCAAAACCUGCCAAGAGGAAGAAGUCCGAUGUGACCAAAGAUGCCUACAUACCACCGAGUUCUUCACCUCCGCCAGACACCCAGACAAAACGCAAGCCAAUCAGCAAUACAGAGAUGCGAGCUCUCGGUAUACCGACUCGGGAAAGCAUGAGGAAACACGCUCCAAUUACACUUCCCCUCGAUGACGAUGCAACCGAGGCAGCAAAAGCGGAAGUGCGUCCAUAUAACACAGAAUAUCGCAACAUGUUGAACAAUUACGGAUACGCCUCGGUGAUUGACCUAGCUUACAAGGAUGCACGGGAUGAGAACCAUCCCUUCAUGAGCCCAACAAAGACACUGAGCCAACUAAAGAUCUGGAGAAGAUAUGGAUUGCUACUACUGGCAAGCUCAGAACUGGAUGUGUUAAAGUGUCUGUAUGCCGAGGGAAUCGCCCCAAACAUAAACACGAACGACUCACUACGACGCCUGUACACAUCACCUGGGGGUGACAUGGACACCGAGUGGGUACAGAGGUAUAACCAGGCAUUUGCGCCGUGCAUAUAUGUCCGCGAAUUAGUUAACAAAGACCAAACGUCACCAACGCAUGCCGAGGCCAGACGUGCCAUACAACUACUACGGGAAUACGUGAGCGGCGACGAUGAAUUUGCAGGACAAAAUGCAGAGAUCGACCGGCUGUGUUGGCAGAGUGACAGCGCGGAAGAUGACAUCAAACAAGGUUACCACUUUUUCCUCGAAGGCCGUUGGCAACGUGCAGCCAAGAUCAUAACGUUCUGCACUGCUUUGGAUGCAUUGUUGUCUGAUGCUGGAGGAAUAAUGGACGACUUACCAUUACCUUGGAAACUCAAAUAUGUCGGCUAUGCGAAAAGUGCCAGCCAUCGAAUCUCGAGCUACAACGGAGACCGCAGUCAGAGUUGGUUCUCUGGACUACUGCGCAAUAUCUUCCAGUAUCUCUACCCAGACCAAGGCUUUCAAUUGGUGACACAUGUAGUCGCCUUCUGUGUCUGCUACGAGGAGUGUCAGAUUGGGGAAGAGCUGCUCUCACGAAGCGCUCAGGCAUACUACAACACUGGAACAGGAAUGGGUGUUACACCUGCUGGGUGCAAUGUCAGCUCGGCUAACACAGAAGACAUGAGCGCGAAGGAUGCAAAGAGGUUGUGGGCUCUCGCUAUGGGAUUUCGAUUGCGCGGCGAAUUCGAUCGCAACAUGGCCCGCGAUAUGGAAGACCUGCCAGUAUACGAAGAAUAUCAAAAGCCGCAAACGCCGCCGUACGAUACCUUGUACGCAAGACGCCGACCAACUCGCAGAGGCAAUUCGAAAAAAGAAAGAAGAGAUCAAGACACUGCGUUCUCUCAUCGCCCAUAUCGAAGAAACCACGAUACCCCUUGA